UGUUUCCUUCAAUGGCUCCAACAGCCGCUUCUAGCACUAAGCCUCUUCCUUCCAAAAUCUCCAGCAUCAAAGACUUGGCUGAAUCCCACGGCCUCGCUUCCAUCCCUUCCGACUUCCACACCCUCGCCGAUCGUCGAGACCAAGUUGCUGACGACGGCCUUGCCGCUUCCAUACCCGUCAUUGACUUGUCCCUUCUCGCCUCACCCGACCCUCAACUCCAUGCUCACGCCCUCCAACAACUUGCCGAAGCCGCCGCCGAAUGGAACUUCUUCAUGAUCAUAAAUCAUGGGAUUUCCGAGAGCCUCCUGCAAGAUGUCAUGAACAAGUCUCUGGAGUUUCACAACUUGCCUGUUGAGCAAAAGAACGAGUUUUUGGACCAAGGCCUGUUCGCACCUAUCAGAUAUGGCACCAGCUCCCACUCUCAAGCCGAGACGGUUCAUUACUGGAGAGAUUAUCUUAGGAUAACAACGUUUCCCGAAUUUAACUUCCCUCACAAACCCACGGGUUUCAGGGAGCUUGGAUUCGAGUAUAGCAGACAAAUCAGACGUGUUGUGAAAGUGUUGCUUCAGGGAAUAUCCGAGAGUUUAGGGUUAGAACCCAACGCCAUUUCGGAUUUCUCGGGUUUUGAUCGUUCCGGGUUUCAAAAGUUUCAAGCAAAUCUAUACCCUCCGUGUCCUCGGCCGGACCUCGCUCUGGGGCUGCCUCCUCACACUGAUAACGGCUUCUUCACCAUCCUUACGCAAAACGGCAUCGGCGGCCUUCAGGUGAAGCACGACGGCAAAUGGGUGAACGUGAAUCCUCUCCCCAACUGCCUGCUUGCCAUCCCGGGAGAUCAACUUGAGCUGGUGAGCAACGGAAGGUACAAGAGCAUCUGGCAUCGCGCAAUGGUGAACACGAGAGUGACCAGGGUUAGCCUUGCAGUGGCAAAUGGACCACCGCUGGACAAAGAAAUGGGGCCCGUGCCACAGUUACUGAAGAAGGAAAAGCCACUAUUCAAGAGCGUGAGGUACAGGGACUACAUCUUACUUCAACAGAAGGCUCGAUGCGUGGAAGGCAGGGCCCUGGAUGACCUCCGCAUUAAUUAAUUAAUUAGACCUUUUAUUAUCAUAUCUGUUUUUCCCAUUAAAUAAGCGGCUCAUGCCAUGCAUGCAUGUCACACUCAAACAUGCGUGACUACCCCAUUAAGUCUUACUAAUUAAUUAUGCUAGCUCUAUGUGCCCACUCUUCAUUGCGUGACGGCCUUUUCUAGUUAUCUCUUGUGUGGUGGAUGGCGGUGGCACGUCCAAUGAUGGUCACUAAUAUUAAUAAAGUGCAUCCAUUUGGGACCUCAUCACCGUUCAUGCACACUUGGUUAGCCAGUUGCCCAUCAUUCGAUUUCUUCCUUCACGCACGACGAAAAUAAAAU